AUGGUAUCCCCCCUCUCCCUUCCCCUUGUGUUACUGCGUCAUCCUCUCCCAGUCUCACCGCUGAUUCCGUCAGAUCGACCGUUAAUUCGCAUCAAUCGUAAGGGUCGCCCUUUUUCGACCUGCUCGAUAUGCAACUGCACCCCCUGCAACUUGCCAGAAGAGCACAACAAGCUGAAACGCGAGGCGGAGCUGAGAGCUCAAGCGCAAAAUAGAGCAUCUGGUAGACACGCUCGUUCAAAUCCUCCUGCGCUUCUUCCCCUCGCGCCGCGUCCAACCUCAUCCUCUCCGCCGUCCGCGACUCAAUCCUCCUCGCGUUCGGGAUAUGGUUCCGGCCGUGGUUCUCAACCCCCCGGUUCUACUGCUUCUACCCCGCGAUCUAAAGCUGCAGUAGCUGCCGGGGGUCGAGGCGCACCACAGGGAGCGCCGCACCACCGCACCAACUCCCACUCUCAUUCUCACUCCCAGAACCCGUCGUCUCCCAGAUCGGGAUCGGUCUCUAUGCGGUAUUCGCAGCAGCAGCAAUAUUCCCCGCAGCACCAGGCCGCACCAGCCCAUUACGGCGGUCUUUCUCCUCUAAGCAUGCCGCUGGGUUCAUUCUCCCCAUCUCUGUGCUCCAUCUCCGACAUCCCCGCGUCAAUGUCAAUGGUCAGUCCAUUCGACCAUACAUACGGGGAUCCGUCAUUGCUCGAUGGUGGGGCCGCUGCGUUUCCUUCCCUGGAAGACUUCGAUCUGGGCGGGUUGCCGGAUGAGCUGAUGCAGGAGGAUUGGAGGUGGUUUGCCGAUGACAAUGAGCUUCGAUAA